AUGACUCCCAGAGAGUCAGGGCCAGGAGCCCCCCCCAAGCCCAGAAUAACUCUUAAAGUUGGGGGGCAACCAGUUACCUUCCUAGUGGACACUGGAGCCCAGCACUCAGUCUUAACCCAGGAACCUGGACCUCUCAGUGACCGAUCGGCCUGGGUUCAAGGGGCAACCAGAGGCAAGAGAUACCGAUGGACAACGGAUCAGAAGGUUCAAUUGGCAACUGGUAAGGUGACACAUUCCUUCUUGCAUGUUCCGGAUAGUCCCUAUCCUUUAUUGGGUAGGGACCUUCACACUAAAUUAAAGGCCAAAAUUCACUUCGAGGACAAGGGGGCUCUAAUAACUGGCCCUAAGGGUGGCCCCCUCCAAAUUUUAACACUCCAUCUGGAAGAUGAAUAUAGACUUUAUGAGCCUCAGGAGCCAGCCACAAAUACCUGAUUGGCCUCCUGGCUUAAUGACUUUCCAUUGGCAUGGGCAGAGACCGGGAGAAUGGGGUUAGCCCUGCAACAGCCCCCACUUAUUAUCCAACUAAAGGCCACAGUUACCCCCGUCUCAAUUAAGCAGUACCCCAUGUCUCAUGAGGCAUAUCAGGGUAUAAGACCCCACAUAAAAAGGCUGCUGGAUCAGGACAUUCUCACUCCCUGCCGAUCGCCAUGGAACACCCCUAUCCUGCCGGUAAAGAAGCCAGGGACUGGGGACUAUCGGCCAGUGCAGGAUCUGAAAGAGGUUAACAAAAGGGUGGAGGACAUACACCCCAUGGUCCCCAACCCUUACAAUCUAUUGAGUACUCUGCUACCAUCCCACGUUUGGUACACCGUAUUGGACUUAAAGGAUGCUUUCUUCUGCUUGCGGUUGCAUCCUGAGAGCCAGUCCCUUUUUGCCUUCGAAUGGAAGGACCCAGAUCUUGGACUUUCGGGUCAAUUGACCUGGACCAGGCUCCCCCAGGGAUUUAAGAAUAGCCCGACCCUCUUUGAUGGGGCCUUACACUGGGACUUGGCAGACUUUCGGGUUCAGUACCCCACCCUGAUAUUGCUCCAAUAUGUUGAUGACCUCCUUCUGGCAGCCGCCUCUGAAAAAGAAUGUCAGGAGGGCACAAAAGCCCUCCUACAGACAUUGGGACAAUUAGGAUAUCGGGCAUCAGCCAAAAAGGCUCAGAUAUGUCAGAAACAAGUCAUUUACCUAGGUUAUCAAUUGAGAGAUGGACAGAGAUGGCUGACCGAGGAGUGCAAACAGACUAUCACUAACAUCCCUGCCCCCCAGAACCCCUGCCAGCUGUGGGAGUUUCUGGGAACAGCGGGGUUCUGCCGCCUCUGGGUCCCAGGGUUUGCGGAGAUGGCUGCUCCCUUAUAUCCUUUGACCAAGCAAGGGGUGAUGUUCACCUGGGAAAAGGAGCACCAGGAGGCCUUCAACAAUAUCAAAAAGGCUUUGCUAACCUCACCCGCAUUGGGCCUUCCAGACGUUACCAAGUCCUUUGAACUGUUUAUAGAUGAAAAGUGGGGAUAUGCCAAGGGGGUCCUGACCCAGAGACUGGGCCCCCGGAGGCGUCCUGUGGCCUAUCUGUCCAAGAAACUCGACCCAGUCGCAUCCGGAUGGCCGCCCUGUCUACGGAUGGUAGCAGCUAUUGCAGUCCUUACUAAGGAUGCAGGUAAAUUGACUCUGGGUCAGCCAUUGACCAUCUUGGCACCCCAUGCAGUGGAGGCCUUGGUCAAACAGCCUCCAGACUGCUGGCUUUCCAAUGCCCGCAUGAUUCAUUACCAAGCCAUGCUCCUGGAUGCGGACCGGGUGCAAUUUGGACCUGUGGUUGCUCUCAACCCUGCAACCUUGCUCCCCUUGCCAGGGGAGGCAGAGCAGCAUGAUUGCCUCCAGAUCCUUGCGGAAAUGCACGGGACCAGACCGGACCUGACGGAUCACCCUCUUCAGGAAGCUGACUACACCUGGUACACUGAUGGUAGCAGCUUCCUGGAAAACGGGGAACGGAGAGCAGGGGCAGCAGUAACCACGGAAACAGAUGUAAUUUGGGCUGACGCCCUACCAGCGAGCACCUCAUCCCAAAGAGCAGAACUCAUCGCAUUGACCCAGGCACUCCAGAUGGCAGAAGGUAAUGUCUAUAUGGACAGUCGAUACGCCUUUGUCACUGCCCAUAUACAUGGGGAAAUUUACCGAAGGCAAGAGCUGCUGACCUCAGAGGGAAAGGAAAUUAAAAAUAAAACUGAAAUCUUGGCACUACUCAAAGCCCUAUUUCUGCCCCAAAAACUGAGUAUUAUGCACUGUCCUGGCCACCAAAAGGGCCACAGCCCAGAGGCAAAAGGAAAUUGAUUGGCAGAUGCUGCCGCCAAGGAGGGUGCCCUAAAAACAAUCAGCACCUCCCGAGCCUUCCCUCUGACCAAUUCAGGAAAUAGAAGGCCGUCCCGAUGUCCACUGCCCUAUAGUCAAGAAGACACUGACCUCCUAAAGAAAAUGGGGGCCACCUAUGACCCCAAAGAGCAACAUUGUGUCUUCAAGGGAAAGACUGUUAUGCCAAUGAGACAUACCUAUGAGCUGAUAAAAUACCUGCAUAAGUUGACCUAUUUAGGACCAAAGAAGAUGAAAACCUUACUGGAACGACAGGAAACUGGCCCCUACCUCCUAAACAGAGAUGGGGCUCUACAAAAGGUAACUGAUGAAUGUAAAGCUUGUGCUCAAUUAAGUGCAGGCAAGACUAAGCUUGGGCCAGGGGUCCGGGUACGGGGACAUCGUCCUGGUGUACACUGGGAGGUUGACUCUACAGGAAUUAAGCCCGGUCUCUAUGGAUAUAAGUACCUCUUGGUGUUCGUAGACACAUUUUCAGGAUGGACAGAAGCCUUCCCUACCAAACAUGAAACUGCAAAAAUGGUGACCAAGAAACUCCUGGAAGAAAUCUUUCCCAGGUAUGGGAUGCCCCAGGUCCUGGGUACUGAUAACGGGCUCGUCUUCAUCUCCCAGGUAAGUCAGUUGGUGGCCAAGCUUUUGGGGAUUAAAUGGAAAUUACAUUGUGCAUAUAGACCCCAAAGUUCAGGGCAGGUAGAAUGCAUGAAUAGGACAAUUAAGGAGACUUUAUCUAAAUUAACACUUGCAACUGGCUCUAGAGACUGGGUACUCCUCUUACCCCUAGCCUUAUAUAGGGCCCGCAACACUCCAGGCCCCCAUGGACUGACUCCUAUUGAAAUACUAUAUGGGGCCCCACCCCCAUUCAUAAACUUCUUUGACUCAAAUAUUGCUGAUUUUGCUAACAGCCCUUCUCUGGAAGCUCAUUUGCAGGCAUUGCAGAUUGUGCAAAGAGAGGUCUGGAAACCACUCGCCGCAGCCUAUCGAGACCAACUGAGCCAGCCUAUGGUACCACAUUCUUUCCAAAUAGGAGACACUGUUUGGGUCCGCAGACACCAGACCAAGAACUUGGAACCCCGGUGGAAAGGUCCUUACACUGUCCUCCUGACUACCCCAAAGGCACUAAAAGUCGAUGGCAUCGCAGCCUGGAUCCACGCCUCCCACGUCAAGGCCUCCCACACCACGGGGGAGGCGGAGCCAAUUGCGACCCCAGCAUGGAGAGUCCAGUGCACCCAAAAUCCUUUAAAGAUAAGACUUACACAUGGGGCCCCUUGA